AACCGACCGUGGUCGACAAUUUGAGUCGGCCUUAUUUCAGUGCCUUUCGAAAGCCACUGGCUUUGACCACAGGCGGACGACAGCUUACCAUCCCGCAUGUAAUGGCAUGGUGGAAAGGUUCCACCGGCAGCUUAAGGCUGCCAUAGUUUGCCAUGCCAACGACAGGUGGACCGAGUCCUUGCCAUGGGUCCUUCUUGGCAUACGAACUGCCUUUAAAGAGGAUCUCCAGUGCUCCUCUGCAGAGCUAGUAUAUGGAGAGCCUUUAAGGUUGCCAGGCGAAUUUUUUGACCCUGCAGACGGUGGUACUACCGAUACGUCUGAGUUUUCGGCCCGCCUUAAGCAAAUUGCUAGAAGGUUACAACCCACAGCUGCUUCCCGACACUCAAGCCCUAAAGUAUUUAUUUAUAAGGAGCUUGCUACCGCUGACCAUGUCUUCCUUCGUGAAGACGCAGCACGUGGCUCUCUCCAACCUGCUUAUUCAGGACCCCAUAAAGUGUUGUCGAGGGAUGACAAAACAUUUAAAAUACUGCUCAAAGGCAAAGAGGUCACAGUAUCUAUAGACCGCAUAAAACCGGCCUUCAUACUGUCUGACCAUACAACACUUGAGCAUUUACCAGAUGUCCAGAAAAAAUAUUUUACUCGUUCUGGACGUCGUGUUAAAUUUCCAGAUUUUUAUCGCCCAUGACGGUCUCUGGAGGGGGGUGGUGUAGGCUACUCACCUACUACACAAAUA